UUCAAAAAUUUUAAAUUUUUCCAAUAUUAAUCAUGUUCAUCAUUAGAUAACGAUAAAAGUGAUCAACAAUGUUGGACAAAAUUUCCAAUAUACAGCCAUGUUUUCAUGAAAGUGAAGAUGAAUUAGCUCAUUUUGUUAGCUGUCAUCAUUCAGAUGUUCUUGGUUAUGACAGAGAUGGCAAUAGUAGUCAUAUUGAUGAUAUUGUUCAAAAACUAGAACAAAAAGAAGAAUUAUUAACCAGUUAUGAAAUUGGUACACGACGAGAAAAUUCAGAAGAUUUGGCCAAAUUUGAAGAGUUAUUCAAUGCACAACCAUCUGAAUCGGUAAAUUAUUUUGAAAAUUAUAUCGAUAUCGAUCAUAUCGAUGUGUAUUCGAUUCAAUUGCAAUUGAAAACAAUUUUGAAAGAUAAAUAUGAAAAUUAUGAAAAAAUUCUUCGUUCUUGGUUCUCUUCGGAAAUUGAUUAUCAACAAUUUGAUCGAUCGAUAAAUUUACUUUUGCCAAAGAUUUCGAUGAAAAAAAUUCAUAACGAUUAUAUGAUGGCCAUAUUUCAACGUGCCAAUAACUGUGACAAUAAUGUUAUUGAUGAAUUUUCUCAUUUUUUUGACGAUCUUAUCGAUGGUAGUGAUUUGGAGAAAAUUUAUUCCAGUGAUAAAAAUACAUUCAGUGAUAUUAUCAUUUCAAAUAAUGGUGAUGAUGUGGAUACAUCCAUUCAACAGGAACGAGAGACAAAACCAUAUGAAUCGAAUGAAACAAUAAUGGAACAACAAAAAUUACAAUCAUCUUCUAUCAACAAUGAUGAAGAUGAUGAUCUUUUGAUGGUUGUCAAGAAACGAAAACGGAAAAGAUAUGUGAAAAUAUUUGAUGAUGAUGAUAACAUUAAUAAUGAACGUUCGGAAACGGAAAAUCAUAAUAAUAAUAAUGAUAAUGAUUUAGAUAAUCAUCUUAGUGAUGAUGAUCUUAACGCUAUUACGAAGAAAAAGAAAAAACGUAAAGCUCUAUUAAUCGAAUCAAGCGAUGAAGAAGAGAAAGAUGAUAAUGAUGGUAACGAUGGAACCAUGAUAUUCUAUGAUACAGAAUCAUCAUCAAAUUCAAAUGUUAAUCUAUCACCAUCAUCUAUGAAUGAUUUACAACAAACAUUCGAUGCUAAAUCAAGUGGUCCAUUAAAGACUACAAUCACUAUUAUGAAUAAUAAUUCAUUUCAACGACAAAAUAAUGGUAGUAAUCAGCAAAAAAAUUUUUCAUUACUAAGUAAAAUAUUGAAUUCAGAAACAUCGAUUCCUCAUUUGGAACAUAGUAACUCAUCAUCAUCGAUUAGUUAUCGGAAUUUAAAUUCCACAAUUGAACCAGUUACAUAUUGUUUUAAUGAACCAUCAAAAAAUCAAUCAUCAUCAUCAUCGUCAUUUCCAUCGUCUUUUAUAAUGGGAAAUUCAAAAAUUGCUGAACUUCUUAAUUAUAAAAUGCCUGAAAAUAAUAAUGAUGAUGAUUAUCAAAAUGAAGAAAAUAAUUUCCAACAAUAUUCAUCAUCACAAUUAUCGACUAGUCCACCGCCAAAUAUAUCGACUACAUUAGAUUCAUUAUCAAAUUCGGAUGAUGCAAGUCAAAAAAGUGAUAAUAAUUAUUAUUAUUAUGAAUGGAAUGAUCCAUCAACAUUAUCAUGUAAAUCACAUCAUCAACAAUCCAAAGUGGAAUCAUUGAAUCAUCAUAAUCAAAUUGCUAAUAAAACAAUGCAUUCAUUUGAAAUAUUUGAUCCAAUGAUGGAUCAAACAUUGGAUGAUCAACAACAGAAUCAUCAUUUAAUUAAGAAUUAUGAUUCAAAUAAUGAUGUUGAUGAUGAUGAUGAUGUUAAAAAUAGACAAUCGAUGAACAACAAUGGUGAUCAAAAUACUUAUGAUCAAUUAUUGAAAGGAAUGUCAUGUGAAGAAAAAAUGAAUAAAUUGAAAACAUGUUAUCAAGAAAUUGCUCUUCCCGAUAAUGUUCGAUUAGGUCUUCGAAUUUCACAAUUGGCAACAUUGCGAGGCUUUAAAGCUGUCGAUAGAAAAGUAACACAGCUUUGUAAUGUUGCAUUGAAAAAUUUUAUCCGUAACAUUCUAACACAAUUGAUUAGUUCCCGUAAUUCAUUUUCAAUACAAAAUAAUCGAAUUAUUCAUAAUGUUGGUGGUGAACCAAUCAAUCCAUAUAUAAGAAAUUCCUAUAAAAUUGCUCAAAAAGAACCAUUCGUUAAUUCAGUGAUUGAUCGAUGUCAUCAUGAUAACAAUAAUUAUCGUUCUGUUAAUGGAGAACGAGAUGCUCAAGCUUGCUGUUUUAAUUAUAUGAAUCGUUCUAUUUCAAUGGUAUUGAAUUCAAAAUUAAAAUUAAAACGUUUUGGCCUGAAUCGUAAUGAAUUGUCAUUCAAUCAUAAAGAUCAGAUCAAAUUAUUAUCAUCAUCAAAUCACGAUCAUCAAUCAAAUGAUGAUGAUGGUGAAAAACCAAUACUUCGAUCUACUUCAGGAACAUUUUAUUUACCCGAUUUAAUCAAUAAUCAACGUGAUAACAAUAAUAGUUGUAAUCUACAUCAUUUAUAUGAUUUGCUCAAUUCAAAUCGAUCAUUGAUUCCGGUUACACCAGUAUGGUCACGUACAUUAUAUCGAACGGUUGCUGCAUUUAAUAAUCUUAUUGAUUCAACAAUUGAUGAACGAUGAUAAUGAAAAAAAAUGGACAUCUCUUUUUUUGGUCAAUUCCUUUUUCAUCAUCAUCAUCAUAUGAUUCAUGUGAAUUAAUAUAUAGUGAUUAUAAUUUGAAUUUUAUCUAUGCCCUUGUUGUAGUUCAAUGUUGAAUAUUUUUUCUUUUCUUUGAUAAU